AUGCCGGGUCUAAUGAGCAACCUUGAUAUCAUGAAGGAGGCAGACGCCUUUCCUUAUGAAGACACGGAGCCAGAAGCAUCUAAAACUCUCAACAAGACUCUGUACACGCUAGUAUGGAAGGACGGCCAACCACUAGGUUUCAUGCUCGACACUGUGCUCAAGGAGCUCCUAGCGACGCCCGAGAAAGUCCGGGGUCCCGUUCUCGUGGACGAAGCUAAGCGGACGGUACGCGCAUUUGAGCUGCCUACUGCUGAGGAGAGAACGAAACUCGUAGCUGGCUUGAUGGCGUACUGGCGGGAACACGGAACAUUCGACAUACUACGCGGCUGGCGGGACGAGCUGUGGCCUGUCUUCGGUAGCGACGACGAAGUUCUAUACAGCGUCGAACGCAGCGGUACAGGACUACUGGGACUUAUGCGGUAUGGAGUACACAUGACGGCCUACGUGAAAGACCCAACAGCGAGCUACGGCAUGAAGAUUCUUGUCGCCCAAAGGGCCGCUAACAAGUCCACAUACCCCAACAUGCUGGAUAACUCGGUGGCAGGUGGUCUCAUGACGGGCGAGGACCCAUUUGAAUGCAUAAUCCGGGAGGCGGAUGAGGAGGCGAAUAUUCCCGAGGAGCUCAUGAGGGAGCGGGCCAAAUUCAAGGGCAUGGUCAGAUAUAUCUAUAUCACGGACGAGCGGGCAGGCGGCGAGGCCGGCCAGAUAUACCCAGAGAUGCAAUGGGUGUAUGAUAUCGAGAUUCCGACGGAUUUCACUGCUACACCGAAAGAUGGCGAGGUCGCAGGUUUCUGGCUAUGGACUGUAGACGAGGUGCGAGAGAAGCUCGCCCAAGGUCGGUUUAAACCUAACUGCGCCCUGAUAUUGGUCGAUUUCUUCAUCCGCCAUAACAUCAUCACGCCGGAGAAUGAGCCCGACUACGACCAGAUUGUGCGACGGUUGCAUCGCAGACUGCCUUUCCCCGGUCCCCAUCAGGUUGGCGUUCCAACGACAUAA